AUGAGAGAAGCCGCAACCCGGGCCAGGCCCCUGAUACGACAACCACCACGUCACCGUCAGAAUUCCCCGGCAACGACGACUGCUAGCAGUGCGGUCACGCUGUUUCCACCAUUCACCCUACCCACAUUCAAGCCACUUUCAUUGCCCGGCGAUUUCACGUUUGCACCGCCGGUAGAGAACAACAACAUCCUGGCCGACCGCGUCAAGGCGUUCGCCGAGCCGAACCGGGUGCUAAAGCUUCUAAAAGAGGUAUCCGAGUAUAGCCCAGUUCAACAAAACGAAGGAGAUGGCAUGCGACGACUGAUGCAUUCUUUCUUUGGCGCCAUGGCAGAUAUGAGUGAGCGGGAGGCGGCUACGAUUCACGCGGCACCGAUGAAUGAUGGGACGGAGAUGGGUGUAAAUCGGCCACUAUCCAAUCAGCUCUUCGAAUCGGAUAUGGUACUCACCAUCGAGCAGAUGAAGGGGGUCAUCCUGGCCUCGGCCGAAUCUAACCAACCGGGUCGACGACGGACGAAACGCAAAGUGAUCACUGGCGGCGUGUAUCGAUGGCCCAAAGGGCAGCCGAUACCUUAUCGAUUUAAGGGCGGCAACGACGACGAGAAACUUGUGUGCGCUGGCGCGAAGACCCAUCGGCCCGCGAUCAUCUUGUUUUUAUUAGAGGCAGCGGGUGCUACUCGUCGGUGGGUCGAGUGGGUGGCGGGACAAGCCGUGUCGAUUGGCUACGGAUGUGAUGAUCCUGGCAUCGUCACCCACGAGGUGGGGCAUUCGUUAGGCUUUUGGCACGAGCAGAGUCGACCCGAUCGCGACGAGUACAUCUUCUUUGACCGCGGUGUUGUCAUCCAUGGCACGGAGGGCAAUUUUGCAAAGCGGACGCGGGACGAGAUCGAAGACAUGGGAUUGCCAUACGAUCUGGGAUCAGUGAUGCACUAUGGGCCAACGGCUUUCACAACAGAUUGGGAUCGACAUACGCUCGUCACGAAAAACAAGCAAUUUCAACGAACUAUCGGUCAGCGCAAAGGGCCCUCUUUUAUCGACGUGAAACAAGUGAAUCGGCUAUAUUGCAAUGAUGUUUGUUCCCGUGAUAUUGGAUGUGAACAUGGCGGCUAUAUGGAUCCGAACAAUUGCCAGAGAUGCAAGUGUCCGCCCGGGCUUGGAGGCAAUCGAUGUGAGAAAGUGCAGGAAAGCUCGAGAGAGUGUGGCGGUGAACUAUUGGCGACAAAUGCGUGGCAGGAGCUCUCGUUCCGCGGAAAGGGCCAAUGCUAUUGGCGCAUCCGGACGCCGAAUGCACGGAUACGAUAUAUCAUUUCAAAGGUCGAAUAUCGAUGCGAAGAAGUGUGCAAGGCCUUCAUCGAGAUAAAAUCCAAUUCCGACUUCCAACAAACAGGCUUCAGAAAAUGUUGUGAAGACGGCCAGGUGGAGAUGACGUCGGAACAGUCAGAGAUGCUGCUUCUACACGACUCUACCAUACUCGACUACGAGACGAAAUUCAGCGUUCGCUAUAUAAUUGAUUCUGGAGCGCCGAUCCCGAAACCGCCGCCUAGUGUACCAACUUGGGUACCUGGCAAGGAGAACAGAAACUUCAGAGGGGCCGCUUCUCAAAUUGGGCCCGUGGAACAGUUUAUCCUAAAUGUCAUCCCAAAGGUAAGGGACGCGAACCGUCCAAUGGAAUCGGUGGCAUCGAUUGCAACAGAUUGGGCGUUGCGGAUACUUCUUGGGACAAAGCGC